GAAAAAUGUCUACUUUUGGUUCGACUUUUGGAGAUCGAAACAACUUUUCGACUUUUGAAGCUUUUAAAAAUGUGAGCGAUCUCACUAAACCUAUACAGCAGCAUUUAAUCAAAGUUUAUUCGACGCUUGCAGUUCUUUGUUUACUCACUGCUGCUGGAUCAUAUGCUCACAUUACGGGUCUCUUCUUAUUUGGAGGCGGGUUACUUUCAUUUUUAGUAGGUCUUGUCUCGUUGAUAGGAAUCUCGUUUCUUCCUGACACACCCAAUAAUAAAAACAUACGUUACGGUCUUUUAUUCAACUUUGCCUUCAUGGAAGGAUUAUCUAUUGGCCCGUUGAUUGAUCAUGCACUUAAUAUUAAUUCCUCUGGUCAGAUUGUAUUAUUGGCAACCACGUUUACUUCCUUGAUUUUUGGAUCUUUCUCCUUGAGUUCUUUAUUAAGUAAUAAAAGAACUUUUAUAUACCUUGGUGGAAUAUUGGCUUCUGCCGUUAGCAUGUUGUUCUGGAUGGCAUUUUUUAACGCAUUUAUUGGCUCAAAAUUAUUAUAUACUGCGGAGCUUUAUCUUGGAUUGUUUGUUUUCUGUGGUUAUGUUAUCUACGACACCCAACUUAUCGUUUAUCGAGCCACGCUCGGUUCUCGUGACGUUGUUCGCCAUACCCUUGAACUUUUUAUUGACCUUAUUGCUAUUUUCGUCAGAAUCUUGUAUAUUUUGAUCAAAAAUUCUGAAGAAAAGGAAAAUGGAAGACGUAAACGAAAUAAUAGAAGAAAUCAAUAUUCUGCAUAUUAAUACAGUUGGUUAAUUUAUUAAGUAUUUUUUAGUAGCACUGUACAUAUACUUUACAGCUUAAUUUAUUUAGUUCUUAAAUAUCAGCAUUCUCAUAUUACAAAAAAUUAACAAAUUUCUAUUAAACAACUAAAUAUUUUUUUUAUUCAAAUUAAAUCAAUUAAAUCAAAGUAAGAUCUGUAUUAUUAUUGAUGUAUUAUUACAAUUAUAAAACGAAUUACCUUAUAACUCAUUAGAAUAUCCAAUGACUUUUGUGAGUUCUAAUAAUUCGUGAAAUAGAAAGUAAUAAAUUUAAUAAAAAAAUAAAUAUACGAUU